ACGUCACUUGUUAUGUCUCCUCCGGCUCGGCCUCUGCUCCGCCGCGGAGAGGCGACGGCAACGGCGGCGGCGGCGCGACGAGAAGCCCGAGCGCAGCAGCAGCACCGCCCGCGGCGGCCCCCACACGAGUAGGGCCGCCGACUGCCUGCCUGCCUUCCUGGGACGGGGACUGACUUGACUCUCUCUGCAGAGAGUCAGGAGCCCCGCGCGCGGAGGAAAGAUGUGGCUGAAGCUGUUUUUCUUGCUUCUUUAUUUUAUGGUCCUGUUCAUCCUGGCCAGGUUUUUUGAGGCCAUUGUGUGGUACGAGACGGGCUUCUUCGCCACCCAGUUGGUGGACCCGGUGGCGCUCAGCUUCAAGAAGCUGAAAACCAUUUUGGAGUGCAGGGGGCUCGGCUACUCGGGGCUUCUGGAAAAGAAGGAUGUCAGGGAGCUGGUUGAGAAAUCAGGAGACCUGAUGGAAGGCGAACUUUAUUCUGCUCUCAAGGAAGAGGAAGCCUCUGAGUCUGUUUCUAGCACAAACUUCAGUGGGGAAAUGCACUUUUAUGAGCUGGUAGAAGAUACGAAGGAUGGUAUCUGGCUAGUGCAGGUCAUAGCAAAUGAUAGAAGCCCUCUAAUGGGAAGAGUCCAUUGGGAGAAAAUGGUGAAGAAAGUCUCACGGUUUGGUAUACGAACAGGCACUUUUAACUGCUCCAGUGACCCGAGAUACUGCAGGAGAAGAGGCUGGGUGAGAUCCACAUUAAUCAUGUCCGUUCCACAAACUAGUACGUCCAAAGGGAAAGUGAUGCUUAAAGAAUACGGUGGACGUAAAAUCGAGACGGAGCAUAUUUUCAAAUGGAUAACAGCCCAUGCAGCUUCCCGGAUCAAAACCAUCUUCAAAUCGGAACACUUGAAGGAAGAAUGGAACAAAAGUUAUCAGUAUAGGGUGAAAAUAUACCUGUUUGCAAAGUUAGACCAGCCUCCAGCUUUCUUCUCUGCACUAAGUGUAAAGUUUACUGGCAGAGUUGAGUUUAUUUUUGUGAAUGUAGAAAACUGGGACAACAAGAGUCACAUAGCAGAGAUGGGCAUCUAUAAGACACCAUCCUACAUACUUAGAACUCCCGAAGGAAUUUACAGGUAUGGGAAUAAUACUGGUGAAUUUAUUUCCCUCCGUGCCAUGGACUCCUUCUUGCGUUCCUUACAGCCAGAAGUUAAUGAUUUAUUUGUUUUAAGCCUGGUAUUAGUUAACUUAAUGGCUUGGAUGGACCUAUUUAUCACUCAGGGUGCUACUAUCAAGCGCUUCGUUGUUCUUAUAAGCACUUUAGGGACCUAUAAUUCUCUACUAAUUAUUUCUUGGCUACCAGUCUUGGGUUUUUUGCAGUUACCUUAUUUAGACAGUUUCUAUGAAUACAGUUUAAAACUCUUCCGGUAUUCAAAUACAACAGCCCUAGCCUCAUGGGUGAGAGCUGAUUGGAUAUUUUAUUCUUCUCACCCCGCCUUGUUCCUCAGCACUUACCUUGGUCAUGGGUUAUUAAUAGAUUAUUUUGAGAAAAAGAGAAGGCACAAUAACAGCGACGAAGUAAAUGAAAAUAACCUAGAGUGGUUAUCUAGCCUUUGGGACUGGUACACUAGCUAUCUGUUCCACCCUAUCACUUCGUUUCAGCGCUUCCCCUUUGAAUCCGAUUGGGAUGAAGACCCAGAUCUGUUCCUUGAGCGCUUAGCUUUCCCCGAUUUAUGGCUCCACCCCCUGAUACCAACCGAUUACAUUAGAAACUUGCCCGUGUGGCGAUUUAAAUGUGCCGGCGGGCAUUCCGAAGAAGAGAUGAUGGAGCUCUCUCAAAGCGAAAGUGAGUCGGAUAGCGAAUGCAAAGGUGCCUCGAGAAGCGGCCGGGCGGUACCUGAGGACGAGCAAAGCGCCCUUCAGAGCCCUCGCGAAGGGGAGCCCUCAUGCAAUGGCGAGACCUGUUCGUGUGCCAAAGCCAGGUCAAAUGGCUCGCAAAGCUCUACAGAAGAUACGGAGCCCGAUUGGUCUGUUUGGCCUGCUGGUAUGUUGCACUCUACGGAAUGUGUCGUGUGUCUAGAGAAUUUCAGAAACGGAUGCUUGCUAAUGGGUUUACCAUGCGGCCAUGUCUUUCACCAGAAUUGCAUUGUGAUGUGGCUGGCCGGGGGGCGGCACUGCUGCCCAGUUUGUAGAUGGGCCUCUUACAAGAAAAAGAAGCCAUAUACGCAUCAGCAGCUGUUGUCAAACCAUAGCCCGUCUUAGGUGUGUGCUGAUAACGUCCUUUGUAACCUUCCUACAUAUUUACUGCUUGCCAUUUAAAUGUUAGUCACAAAACAGACCUUGUGGUUUUAAAGUUUUAGUUUAAAUGUUAGUGCAGUGAAGUAAAAAUAAACAUGAUGCUAAUGUCGACAGAAUCAUUUGGUUGCCUUGUGUGUUGAAAUAAUGAAUACGUAUUGUACAAUGACACCUUUCCUUUUACAGCAUUUGGAAGUUUUAAAAAGUUAACAUUUUUCAUUUGCUUUUUUUGUAAGCACAAAAAUCAUAUAUAUUUGUCAACAAAAGUAUAUUUCAGGAAAUGUUUUAACAUGACGGGAUAGGAUAUGGGUGAACAUGGAAAUUUUAACAUACAAUAAUUGUUUUAUUUAAAUGUUUCUUCUUUUAGAGUUUGUUCAGCACACCUUUGUUGAAUAAUGUAUGGUCUGUGAGAAUACAUUUAAAAACAAAUCCAUGAAAAUAAAUUAUUUUAAAAGAAGGUUAAUAAUUUGUUCUAUUAAUCGUUCCAAUGGCGGUUUUGUACCUGUGCUUCACUUUGUCUUCCACUCAAAUUUUACUUCUUAUGCUUGCAUCCUACCCUUUCUAUAAGAAAUUUGGAUCUUAUUGAGGUUUCUCAGGCAGAAUAUAUCCAUGUCCUAAAUGCUUCUCGAUUUGACUUUCAUGUACAUCAAUAGUGCUUUAUUAAUUUCAAAUAUGAAAUAUAAAAGUUCAUCAGCCACUUAUAUCUAUUUAUACAUUUCUAUCCCACCUAAUUAGUCAUUUGGGCUCUUCUUAUUGACAUCCAUCUGUCUUGAGAGUCAAUGAAGUGCGUCUCUGUGGGUGAAGUCAAGCCACUGCAUUAGCAGCGCCGAAAUGAUCUUCUUAGGGUGCAAGCCUGGGCAGUUACACCCCGGGCAAGAAGGUUGUUGCCUACACAACUUAUUUAUAUUUCUUAAGAUAUGCUUGUUCUAUCUCCACUGUGCAGGUUCAAGGCAAAAAUGUCUCUGAACAAUCCACCAUUUUCUCAUUAUACAGGAUAUUGGUCAGUGGUCAGUGCUGUGUCAUGUCAUAUUAUGCCUCGUGAAACAAAUCAGAAUAGGUUAGACCUCUCUUUUCAGUUACUGUCCUUUUGAAAGGCUCCAAUCUGUCAUGUGAAUGCCAUUUGCCUAGCACGGGGCUAAAAUAAUUCAAAGGUUAACGUAUAUGGAUGUAUAUUCAUUUCAAUGGGAGUUCAUUGUAUGCAAAUUUCAAAUGGGCUAUUGGUUACAUAGUUGAAUGGAGGGGGGGGAAUCACAGUUGAACAAGAACAAAAAAAAAAACCAAGUCAAAUC